AUGUCAGCUGUUGCAAAACUCAAACUUCUCAUCUGGAAAAAUGUUCUGCUCCAAAAAAGACACAAGUGGCAAACAAUUUUUGAAAUAGCAUCACCAGUUAUAUUUUCUUUAUUUUUAAUAUUAACAAGAUGCCUCGUAGACCCAAAAUCUAAACCUGCUAUUACUUAUUCACCAUUUCAACCAACAUAUCUCAACAUUACUGGUAGAAACCUAGGAAAUUUAACAGCAGCUAAAACAGGAACACUUGCAUUCUCUCCAGAAAACCCUUUAACAAGAAAUGUUGUAAGGGAUGCUAUUGCAAUGGUUGCAAAUGACAACUUAAGUUUCCUUUUUACUUUUAUAUUUGACUCAAAUAUUCUACCUCAGCCUAAAGGAUAUAAGAAUGCUAAAGAUAUGGAACUGGCACUUACACAACCCAAUGCAAUGAAUCAAAUUUUAGUUGGAAUCCAAUUUGAUGAUGUAAUGGCCAAUGCUACAGAAUGGCCUGAAAACAUAACUGUAAGAUUUAGAUUUCCAGCUGUAAUGAGAACUCCGAUGAUUGAGCAUCCAUUGAGAGCUAGUUGGAGGACUAAUUUACUCUUUCCAUUGUUUCCAAGGCCAGGGCCAAGAGAUGCAGACGAUAUGUAUGGUGGAAAAACUCCUGGAUAUUCCCCAGAAAUGUUUUUAGCGGUACAGCAUGCAGUGUCACAAGAAAUAAUCAAACAAAAAACUGGUAAAGCUAUAAAUACCAAAGUAUACCUACAAAGAUUUCCUCAGGUGGCAUACAGAGAAGACGAAUUGUUGAUAGCUUUAGAGAGAUUUAUAUCUAUGAUAAUAAUGCUUUGCUUUGCCUACACAUUUGUGAACACCGUAAAAAUGGUAACAAAUGAAAAAGAAUUACAACUCAAGGAAACUAUGAUAAUAAUGGGUCUACCCUCAUGGCUCCACUGGCUUGCUUGGUUUAUAAAACAAUUCUCAUUUCUUUUAAUAUCAGUUCUCCUAAUUGUGAUCUUGCUAAAGAUUCCUUUUAAUCACACUGAAGAUGGUCAAGGCUAUUCUGUGCUCACGUUUACACCUUGGUCUGUUCUAUUUUUCUUUAUGGUGCUUUACGUGAUGGCGUCACUUGCAUUUUCUUUCAUGAUCAGCGUAUUUUUCAAUAAAGCCAACACCGCCUCAUCGUUUAUGGGUCUGGCGUGGUUUUCUACUUAUGCCGUUUUCAUGUUGACGCAAGUGCUGUACGAAGAUAUAAGUCUUACUACAAAAUUACUUCUUAGUCUUAUAUCGAAUACCGCCAUGGGUUACGCCUUCCAGAUGAUUAUAAUGUGUGAAGGCACAUCCAGAGGACUGCAAUGGAACGAGUUUUUCUCUCCAAUAUCAUAUCACGACAAAUUUCAACCAGGGCAUGUCAUGUUGAUGUUGAUGCUGGACACAAUAUUGUACAUGUUAAUUGCUAUGUAUGUCGAAAAAAUACGACCGGGAAAAUUCGGUGUACCGAUGCCGUGGUAUUUUCCAUUCACGAAAAAAUUUUGGUCGACAAAUAAGUCGAGGAUCGCUGCUGCAAAAACGGAAGAAUCUAGCGAUACAGCGUACCAUGAUGCUCUCCUGAAAGUUGUUCACGACGAAGAACCUAAAGAUUCGCCCGUAGGUGUCGACAUUCAAAAUCUCACAAAGAUUUAUAAAGGCAGAAAGGCGGCCGUUGAUAAUUUAACAUUAAGAUUAUAUGAAAACGAAAUCACUGUAUUGCUCGGUCACAAUGGGGCUGGCAAAACCACAACGAUAUCGAUGUUAAUCGGUAUGAUUCCUCCGACCUCCGGCACGGCUACGAUAAGCGGCUACAAUAUAGUUACGGAAACUGAAAUGGCACGUAGUUCUAUUGGCAUAUGCCCGCAGCACAAUGUCCUCUUCCCCGACCUUACUGUAGCCGAACACAUAGAAUUUUACGCAAGAUUAAAAGGAGUUUCGAACAAUGAAAUCCAGAAAGAGGUUGAUCAUUUCGUCAAACUUCUUGAGCUUGAGGAAAAGAGGCACGCGGCGGCGUCGAGUCUGUCGGGCGGGCAGAAGCGGCGGCUGUCGGCGGGCUGCGCGCUGUGCGGGCGCUCGCGCGUGGUGCUGCUGGACGAGCCCACGUCGGGCCUGGACCCGGCGGCGCGGCGCGCGCUGUGGGACCUGCUGCAGCGCGAGAAGCGCGGCCGCACCGUGCUGCUGACCACGCACUUCAUGGACGAGGCGGACGUGCUGGCCGACCGCGUGGCCGUGCUCGCCGCCGGCCGCCUGGCCUGUCUGGGCUCCCCCUACUUCCUCAAGCGCCACUACGGACUCGGCUACAAGCUCGCGCUCGUCAAGGACGCCGCCUGCCAAGUCGAUCUUGUUACAGAAUUCUUCAAAACAUACAUCCCGGAUAUAAAGGAAAAUACUAAUAUAGGAUCGGAACUGACUUACAUCCUACCUAACGAAUAUGUUAGUAAAUUUCCCGACAUGUUCAAAGAUUUAGAAGAAAAAAGAGAAUUGUUGAAAAUAUCUAGUUAUGGUCUGUCAUUGGCCAGCCUCGAAGAAGUGUUUAUGAAAGCUGGUGCAGAAUAUAGUACAGAAAACGAGCCUAAAAGAAACCAUCACAACAUAGUUCCUUAUAGCGAUGAUGCUAUUGGGCCCAUAGAAUCUCAAAAUUAUAGUCAUCUCGAUUCUUCGGAGAAAGUCCGUGGUUUUAAACUUCUCAAAAAUCAUAUAAAAGCAAUGUUUUUGAAGUUAGCAUACAACACUAUGAGGAAUAAACUGGUGGCUUUUAUACAAUUUGUGAGCCCCGUGAUCAAUAUAAUACUUUCUGUUAUAAUUUCGAGGUCCUGGAAGUUCCUUUCGCAACUACCCCCACUAACGCUUCGUUUGGAGAGUGGAUUUAAAACCACUCAAACUCUAAUAUCACAAAGUCUUAAUAUAACAGAAGAGAGCACAGAAGCCAGAGCUCUGAAGGCCUAUAAAAACUACUUUAAGCUCUCCACUUAUCCUGGAAUGACUUUGACGGACAUUGGUACAAUGGACAUGGGAAAAUUUUACUUGAAGUUGAGUGAUUCCGAUCUUCCUCGCGUAAAAUACGAAACAUUGGUCGGCGCUACAUUUGGCCAAAACAAAAUAACUGCUUGGUUCAGUAAUUACGGCUACCACGAUUCUGCUAUCUCGCUCGCACUUGUGAAUGACGCCAUACUGCGUGCGCUGUCGCCUGGAAGUUCCCUGAGAAUCGUCAACUUUCCACUGCCGUAUUCGAUAGAAAACCUGGUUGAAGUAAUGGCUACCGGUAGCAGCAUGGGAUUUCAAUUCGCAUUUAAUAUUGGAUUCUGUAUGGCUUUCGUGACUUCGUUUCUCGUCCUUUUUUCGGUUAAAGAGCGGCGCAGCGGGGCCAAGCUCUUGCAGCGCGUGUCGGGCGUGCGGCCGGCCGUUCUGUGGCUCAGCGCGCUCGUGUGGGACUGGCUGUGGCUGUUCCUCAUCUACUUGUGUAUUGUCUUUACUCUGGCUUGUUUCCACGAGAAGACGCUCUCCACGCCCCAGGAAUUGGGGCGGGUGUUACUAGUUCUCGUAGUGUUUUCACUGGCAAUAAUACCAAUACACUAUCUGGCAUCAUUCUACUUUGACUCUGCUGCGACUGGAUUUUCGAAAAUGUGCUUCGUCAACGUAUUCAGUGGUUGUAUGCCGUUUUUAAUUACCGAAGUAUUAAGAUUACCACAAGUCGGAAGUCCUUUUUAUGCACAUCUGUUUGAUUGGAUUUUUUCGCCGCUACCCAUUUAUUGUAUCAGCCGGAGUUUCAGAGACAUGAGUGUAUCGUCAUUUUCAUUGUUGGCCUGCGAAGGCCUCUGCGACCAAUUACGUAUUGAGAAUUGCACACGACACACAAUAUGCAACCAGCUCAACCUUACCGUGUGUUGUAUUGAAGACGAUCCUUUUAUGAAAUGGAGCGAACCUGGAAUCGGAAGAUACUUGUUUACUAUGUUCGCUGUCGGUACAGUAACGUUCAGCAUACUACUCGUGAAGGAAUAUGAACUUCUUGCCAAGCUCAUGUACAAACCUCGUGAUAAAAUGUCGCAAACGAAAACCUCUGUAGAGGAGGCAGUCGAAGACGAUGACGUCGCCACGGAGAGACGGCGCGUACUGGCAUUGUCGCGUAAUGAGGUCACCGCGUUCAGCCUCGUGUGUCGCGAGCUGAGCAAGCGCUACCGGCGCCUCGUAGCCGUCGACCGACUCACGUUCGCGGUGCGCGGCGGAGAGUGCUUCGGCCUGCUCGGAGUCAACGGCGCCGGCAAGACCAGCACCUUCCGCAUGCUGACCGGCGACGCACGCGUGUCGGACGGCGACGCGCUCGUGCACGGACACUCGGUGCGAGCACAUGUGCAGGACGUGCACCGCCUCAUUGGUUAUUGCCCCCAGUUCGACGCAUUAUUCGAUAACCUUACUGCGAGAGAGACCCUCCAGAUCUUUUGUUUGUUACGCGGUAUACCUCAGCGAGUUGGUGAUGUACUUGCUCAUCGUCUCGCUGUUGAACUGGGAUUUGUCGUACACUACGAUAAAAAGGUUCAUGAGUGCAGCGGUGGAACAAAAAGAAAAAUAAGUACUGCUGUAGCUUUGUUAAGCGCUUCGUCGUUAGUUUUCCUGGAUGAACCAACAACAGGCAUGGAUCCUGCGUCGAAGCGGCUCGUGUGGCGCGGCAUCAGCAGCGCGGUGGGCGGCGGGCGCAGCGUGGUGCUGACGUCACACAGCAUGGAGGAGUGCGAGGCUCUCUGCUCCAAGCUCACCGUCAUGGUCAACGGCAGGCUCUGCUGUCUCGGCUCGCUGCAACAUCUCAAGAGCAAAUUCUCGCAGGGCUAUACGAUUGUUAUUAAAUGUCGAUCGGGAACUGACAGGGAUAGCGAUAUCACACGCAUCGACCAAUAUAUGAAGAAAAAUUUCAAUGAAGUUAAACUCGUCGAGACGUACCUGGGCAUGAGCACGUACCACGUGUCGUCGGCGGGGCUGCCGUGGUGGCGCGUGUUCAGUGCGCUCGAACUAGCGCGGGACUCGCUGCCGCUUGAUGACUACUCGGUCGCGCAGACAACACUCGAGCAAGUUUUUCUCGCAUUUACAAACCAACAGCGUUCACUAGAUUAAUUUAUUUUUUCAAUCAAUACAAAACAUUAUGGUUGUGUAACCAACUUACCAAAUUAAUUGUUAUCAGCUUCAUAAAUAGUUUAUAAGAAAGUCUCAAGAGAGAAGACUUGUAGCAUGGUACUGUAAUUAUAUCUUAAGCAGCUUAUUAGACACUAAAAUCCUAUAAUAUACAGGUGCGGGUUAUUUUUCAUAAAAUAGAAACGGGGUAUACAAAGAAAUGUACGUACCUUUCUAUAAUUAGUAACAAUAACAUAUUUUUUUCAAGUAAUGGGCCUGACAAUCGUAAUAUCAUUAUUGGAUUAAUUACUGAUAAAAAUACAUUUGAAAAUUCGUGUAUUAAGAACAAUGAACUCGUUGGACGUGGAGUAAACAUUUUACUUCUAUCGAAUUUAUUCUGAUGCUGUAGCAAAGGUUAUCUAUCGGGCCUUUUGCAAAAUCUUUUGUUAUUUUGUAAUUUUGUUGUCAUAACUUGCCAUACAGAGUACAAAAAAAACUUUCUCCGUUCCGUGGUGGAAUUUUUAUAAUCGAUUUAGGAUCUUUAAAAGGCCAAAUAGUACUUAUCCAUUUUCAAACAGGAUGUCUUAUCGAAUUUCUCAUAUUGAAUAAAAAAAAAUUAUAUCAAAUAUUUUUACAGGUCGGUUCUGUUAAUAUCUAUCUGUCCACUCGACAUAUGGUUACUUGGUAUGUUAGAUGUUUUGAAAUCCCCUGAAUAUAUAGAACUGUUAAUUGGUGGCAAGUUGUUAUUUUUUUUAACAGUUCUGAAAAAAGGCAUUAUUGUUUGUCACAAAUCUUAAUCGUCCAUCGAUAAUAACAUUAAUAACAGAGACAGAGAUUUCCGAAAAAUCUUUUCGAUUUGUCUAUAUUAAAUUUUAACAAUUAAGGAUUUCGAUUUUUUUAAUUCAAAUUAACGCAGACAAUCUCUACCCAGCAUUGAUUGUUAAGAAUUACUAAUAACAGUACUGGCAAUACAGAUUUACAUGUCAUCGUAUUUAUUUAUCUUGGGUAAGUGAACUGGGGAAUUCCCCUUUUAUAUCCGACUUUGUCGAUUAAACUGUACCCAAUAGACUUUUAUAAAUAUUUUUUUAACAAAAAUAUAGACUACCGUUAUUAUUAUGAGUAACUACAUGUUUAAGUAAAUUAACAAUGGAUGAAUUUUCGUAAAUUGAUAGAUAACUCAUCUGUUUAGAAUCACAAUAAAUGCUCAAAUAACAAAGUAUAAGAUAUAACGCUUGGGUGCUAUUCACAAAAACACAUCAUAAAGAAUAAUUUAAAAACAGAUCCUGACCUCGUUUCCUGAAAGGAACUUAAAUGAACCAAUAUACAAUUCAUCUUGAUUGAAAUUAGGCUAAAUGAGACUGUGGUACGAUGUUUAUUGACUAAUCAUCUUCAAUUAGUACAAUAGAGUCAGAAAUUAAUUAUGUAUGUAUUUGACAUCCUAGCCAUAAUUAAUACUACAGUUUAAUCUCACGUUUUGUAUCGUCAUUAAAUUAUUUCCGACCUUCCGAAUACGUUAAAGUUUUCGUGGUCACUGACGAAUAAGAUAUUAUUCGUCGAUAUUUGAAUGUUAAGCAGACUGACUAAAAGUAGUCUUAAUUAUGACUACGAUUUGUGAAAACCGAAGAAAAUCCGAGAAAUAAUUUGUUUUACUGACAUAACUAUAAUAUAAUAUUUUCAAUAUACAGACUCUUUAGUAAGAUUUUAAUUAUAGUAGAUACAGAUUAUUUAUCAGAACUUUUACAAGUAAUACUGAAUUUAUUAUUUUUAAUUACAUUCAUAAUAUAUGUAGUUAAGAUAUUAAUAGUACGUACAGCUCGACCAAGCUAAGUGUGCACCUCGCAUCGAUUACGUCACACUGCCACUUAGGUAUGGUCUGAAAAAAGGAUUCGCUAUGACUUUAAAAAUGUAAACAAAUGUUUGUUAUAUUUUACUUUGCAUUUAUUGUUUUUAACAAUAUAUUGUCCAUAGGUACAUUAGAAUAUAGCGAAAUCGUGUUUUUGUAUUAAGACUACCCGGGCAUUCUUGCACUUUUUAAAUUUGUAUCCCAAUUGCUCGGUAAUAAUUUUCCUUUAUGUUUCUUUUUCAGGAUUAUGUUUCUCCCUUCACUGUGUAUCACCUUUCCUUUCCUUUCAUUUUGUUGCCCAUUGCUCGAAGUAAAAAAAAUGAACGUUAUCCGUUCAGGUAACAACAGUUCAACAAAAACUUAACA